AUGGCCGUGUCCGUGGCCACCAAGACGGCGUGGAAGCUGCAAGAGAUCACAGCUCACAGCAGCAAUGUGUCCUCGCUAGUCCUGGGGAAGAGUUCAGGCCGGCUACUGGCAACCGGAGGAGAUGACUGUCGGGUCAACAUAUGGUCGGUUAACAAGCCCAACUGCAUCAUGAGCUUGACAGGCCAUACAACCCCCAUCGAGAGCCUGCAGAUCAACACAAAUGAGGAGCUCAUAGUCGCAGGGUCCCAGUCGGGCUCCAUUCGAGUUUGGGAUCUGGAAGCUGCCAAAAUUCUUCGGACAUUGCUGGGUCACAAGGCCAAUAUCUGCAGCCUCGAUUUCCAUCCUUUUGGAAGCUUUGUGGCAUCUGGUUCUUUGGACACAAACAUUAAGCUCUGGGAUGUAAGAAGAAAAGGCUGCGUCUUCAGAUACAAGGGUCACACACAAGCUGUUAGGUGUCUCCGGUUUAGCCCUGAUGGGAAAUGGUUAGCCUCUGCUGCUGAUGAUCACACUGUAAAGCUGUGGGAUCUGGCUGCUGGGAAGAUAAUGUCUGAAUUUACAGGACAUACUGGCCCAGUAAAUGUCGUUGAAUUUCAUCCCAACGAAUACCUUUUGGCUUCUGGCAGCUCUGACAGGACUGUCCGAUUCUGGGACUUGGAGAAGUUUCAAGUUGUGAGCUGUAUUGAAGAGGAGGCCACACCAGUCAGGUGUGUGCUCUUCAACCCAGAUGGCUGCUGCUUGUAUAGUGGCUUCCAGGAUUCGCUGCGUGUGUACGGCUGGGAGCCAGAACGCUGUUUUGAUGUGGUCUUGGUGAACUGGGGAAAAGUAGCUGACUUAUCUAUCUGCAACAACCAGCUGAUAGGAGUUUCCUUUGCACAAAGCACAGUCUCCUCUUUUGUUGUGGAUCUCAACAGAGUCACAAAAUCAGGUUCCAUUCUUCACGGGUUGAUCAGGGACGACAAGCCUCUUGUUCAGCCUGCCCCUGCAGGGUCCUCCCUUCGCCGCAUCUAUGACAGACCAUCAACUAGCUGCAGCAAGCCACAGAGCAGGGUGAAGCACAACUCAGAGAGCGAGAGACGCAGUCCCAGCAGUGAAGAUGACCGGGAUGAGAAGGAAUCGAAGGCUGAAAUCCAGAACCCAGAGGACUACAAAGAGAUCUUCCAGCCCAAGAACUCCAUCUCUCGAACUCCUCCACGAAACAAUGAGCCCUUCCCAGCCCCUCCUGAGGACGAGCCUGCAGCUGUAAAGGAAGCAGCAAAGCCCAGCCAAACUGCGGAUGUCCAGACCCCAUUGCCAAAGCAGGAACACUCUGACCCAAUUCAGAGGCCGCCAAUUGCCUCCUCAACCCCUGUCACAAGAACGGAGCCAUCGGUGAUUCCUGCAGCAAGGAAUGAGCCCAUUGGCCUGAAGGCCUCUGACUUUCUACCAGCUGUGAAAAACCAAAGCCAGGCCGAGCUGGUGGAUGAGGAGGCCAUGUCCCAGAUCAGGAAGGGCCACGAGACCAUGUGCGUGGUGCUCACCAGCCGCCACAAGAACCUGGACACUGUGCGGGCUGUGUGGAGCACUGGUGACAUUAAGACCUCUGUAGACUCUGCUGUGGCCAUCAACGACCUCUCUGUUGUUGUCGACCUCUUGAAUAUCGUCAACCAGAAAGCGUCUCUCUGGAAGCUGGAUCUGUGCACUAUAGUCCUGCCACAGAUAGAAAAACUACUCCAAAGUAAAUAUGAAAGUUACGUACAGACUGGCUGCACGUCCUUAAAGCUCAUUCUGCAGCGAUUCCUGCCCCUGAUCACAGACAUCCUUGCUGCACCGCCCUCCGUCGGGGUGGACAUCACCAGAGAGGAAAGGCUCCAUAAAUGCAAGCUGUGCUACAAGCAGCUCAAAAACAUCAGCAACAUUGUGAAGAACAAGUCCGGGCUCAGCGGCCGCCACGGUAGUGCCUUCCGGGAGCUGCAUCUCCUCAUGGCUGUCUUGGAGUGACAAAUCUUCUCACAUGCAAACACACAGGUGGCCAAAUCCCCCCCCGUGCUCUUGGUCCAGCUGGAUUUCACCUGUCUUGCUGUGUAUCCAUCUUUUUCUCUGGCACGGUAGGGAACUGGAACCUGGCUGACCAUCUGGUCUCCUGCCCAACCCCAGUGCCUUAUGGGCUGGAUUAAAAACCUGAGUGGAGAUGUCUGCUGUGUGAGGGGUCCUGCCUGGCUGAGGGUGUUAAAAAGUCCUUGUAGGGAAGCUGCUUCAUUUCAGCUCUUCAUCUCAUCAUCAAUGGUUGCCCUGUCUCUGUGCUGGCCUUUCCCUGACGGGA